UUUUGUUGGCCUUGUUCAGAACUGGCCCACCAACGCCUUACAACACUUUCCCCCUCGCACUGUAAAUAAAUCGGAAAUAUUUUCAACAAUUUUCUGGCGAAAAUAAUUGGCAACAAAAUAGUUAUUCCACAGCCAAAACCGGACGCGUUGGUGGCCCGCGUCCAGCGGCUACUUUGUGAACGAUGGCAAGAGCCAGCGAACCCUGGCUGGAGCGAGUGUGAACAGCCAAAAAACGGCAGUGAUAGAUGUCAAAAAUUUGCAUAAAAAGUGAGCGAGCAAGCAAUUAAAAUGCAGAAAAUGUACGCGUUACUGGCAACCUUGACAUUCUGGACGCUAUUUCUGCGGUCGGAACAGGCUCAGCUGGCGCCGUCGGUGCCGUGCGAUCGCAGCCGAAAGGUUUUUACGGAGCCCUACGGCGAGAUCUCCGAUGGACCCUCCGGCUUCAACUACACUCAAGACUCACACUGCGAAUGGCUGAUAAAGGCGAAGAACGACAGCCAGUUCAUCACCCUGACCUUCCACAGCAUGGGUACCGAGUGCUCCUACGACUACAUUUACGUAUAUGAUGGCGAUUCCUUCAACUCGACCCUACUGGGAAGCUUUAGUGGAAGAACGCAGCCGCAGCGGCUGGUCGCCCGCAGCGGAAGUAUGCUCAUCCUCAUGUACAGCGACACGAACUACGUGCUGGAUGGCUUCCGCGCCUCCUACUACAUAUCAAACUGUCUAAACAACUGCCACAAUCAUGGGAAAUGUGUUGGCCACCAGUGCGUCUGCCACGGCGAGUGGGUGGGACCCGACUGCGAGGACGAGGCCUGUCCGCAGCGCUGUGGCGAGAGCCAGGGACGUGGUCGCUGCCAAAAGAGCAUCUGCCACUGCUCGCCCGGCUUCAGUGGUCGGCUCUGCGAUCUGAGCGACCAUCCAGCGGGCAGCAGCUGGCGUUGGCUGGCCACCGAUGCUGAGGGUAUGACUCCACGUGCCGCACACUCCGCCGUUUACAUGGAAGACGAAGACUCGCUCUACGUGUUUGGUGGUUACGACUUAAACAACGUGAUAAGCACCCUGCAGAUUUAUCGCUUCAGCACGAGCCAAUGGGAGGAUGAGUGGGGCAUUGCCCUGCAGAGUCGACGACACUUUUAUCAUCCACUAAAGAUUGAUCACACGCUGCUUAAGGCCGUGCUCCAGCACAAGAACGAGGACGAAGCGAAGCUCUGGGGUCUCAACAGUGACGUAAGCUUCUUCCGAAACAUUCUGUACACGCUGGCAGAAUCGAAUCUGCACCAGCGCCGCACGCGCUCCUCCCUGCCCCUGACCAUCGUGAGUGCCAACUCGACGGACGAGGAGCUGAACGAGUACUUGGAGGACAUUCUGGAGGAGGUAACGGAUCACAAGCCCCAUGGACGCUAUGGACACGCUGCAGAUCGUGUGCCCGGCGGGUUCGUUAUCUACGGUGGCAAGCAUGCCAAUGGCAGCUUCUACAGUGAUCUCUGGCAGUACAACAACACGGAGAGCGGCGGCAAGUGGAAGCAGAUGGCCAUACGGUCGGAAGUGAAGCCGCCGGCUUUGGCCAGGCACACGUUGAAUGCGGCUGGUUCAUUUCUCUAUAUAUUCGGAGGCAGUCUGGAGACGGGAGAGUUCUCGUCCAGCGUUUAUCGCAUUCCACUACCACUUUCCGAGGAUUCGCAAUGGGAACUGGUGCAACCGAGGGGAGGAAAGACCCUGGACGUUCGUCUGGCAGCGCAUUCAACGGUCUACUACAAGGCCACCAAUUCACUGAUUGUUUUCGGUGGAAUCAUGACCAGUUUGGCCCGCUUCUCCAAGCUUUCGGAUCGGAUUUACGCAUUUCAGCUGGACCAGAUGCACUGGACGGAGAUUCUUUACCCGCGAACUGCGCUGAGGGACACCAAUAUACCCAGGGAACGAGCAUUCCACACGGCCACCAUUUCGGGCAACUACAUGGUUGUCUUCGGUGGCUACACGCACCGCCACAACAAGGACGAGAUUUGCUACGACAACCAGAUGUACUGGUACCAUCUCAGCUGCCACAUUUGGAUUAAUCAGGUGGUUUCCGCCGACGACAGUUUGUACCCGAAACCGCAGGGAGUUUUUGCCCAUGCGGCUGCUCUGCGACGGAAUCACACGCUGUUGAUUGUGGGCGGCUACCAUGGAAACGUGAACGCGGACCUCUUUGCCUACGAACUGCCCCAGGUGCUGAGGGUGGAGAACACCUUAUACAACCCGGAGAUAUCCUGCAGAUUGCACGCCUCGCACACCGCCUGUCUUUCGAACCCGGAAUGUGGCUGGUGCUCGGCGGAUAGCAGCUGCUAUGGACGCACCAUCGGCGCCAAUUGUACCACCAAUCUGCAGACCACACGCUGCCCGGGAAUAUGUCCCUCGCUCGGCGAUUGCCAUUCGUGCUUGGUGCACGGUUCGCAGUGGGGAAAGUCUUCCGGAAACAAAGCCGCAUUUUCGGUGGCCAGCAAACUGGGAUUGAACGAGUGCACUUGGUGUGUGCAGAAUGCGAAGUGCCACCACCGGGACGACAACUAUGGGAUAUGUGGAGACAGUUCGGGAUGGUGGGGUGACAAAGGCACUGAGAUUCGACGCCCUUCGCUCUGCACCAGCACCGAUCGUCGGCCAGGAUUAACGUACAUCAAGUAUCACUACCCAAUUAACUACACCAUGCCGGAUUACGUGGGUAUUGUGAAUGCCACCAUGGUGGAUUUCGCCUCUCCCCCGUUUACCACCUACUUCGAGCACAAACUUGAGGGAGAGAUGCUGGCCAGGCUGGUGGGAUUUGUGCGGCCGCAACACCAAUGGAACAACUCGGCUAUUCAGGUCUGCACCAGCUACUCCUCGGCAGUUUUGCGCGCUGGUCUUGGUCUCUACCUCGAAGAACUGGUCAACGUCACCACGCAGAGCUCCAACCAAAGCUAUUGCAGCAAUGUCCAGUUGCCCACCACGGAACAGCCCUUCACCAUCGAUUUUCAGGCUCGCCGUCGCAUUGGAGGCAACAUUUACAACGCCUAUCAGAAGACCAAAAUGGAACUGCAGCACCUGCACAAUGGCCAGCUAAACGCCUUCACCUUUGAAUAUCUGGAACCCUACUACUCCGGGAAGUGCACCCAGUACUCGAACUGUCUCCACUGCCUGACGGAUGCCUCCUGUGCUUGGUGUCCCCUCACCAGCGUGUGCCACCUACGAUCCGUGAACGAGACGGAAAAGUGCAGAAGGGAGGAGGCGCCGGGCCAGUUCCACUGGUCUUAUCUGAUCAGUCAACCCAGUCAGUGUUCGAACUGCACGAACUACGUGAGCUGCGAGGCCUGCGCCAGCAGUGGGGAGUGCGAGUGGUGGACAGAGGACGCCCGUUGUGGGAGGAUCGGCAAGUCGAACAGCAGCGUGCGAGCGGUGGAGCAGUGCCCGAGGUCCUGCAGGGAACGCCAUGGCUGCCAGGAGUGUCUCGGCGAGCGGGGUCGCUGCGUUUGGUGCGAGGCCAGUGCCCAGUGCUUCAGUUUCUCCGUCUACACGAGUGAAUAUCAGUUCGGGAUGUGCCGCGAGUGGAUGGACCAGGUGGUCAGUCGCCAGCCGCAUGAGAUCACCGAUCAGAAGCUCCAGCAGCCGGCGCACUUCCCGCAGCAGCAGUGCAAGUCCUGCGAGCAGCAUCGUAAUUGUUCCUCCUGCCUGCGAACUUUGAGCUGUGGCUGGUGCUUUGACCGCGACAAUCCCAUCGAGGGCAUCUGCAUGCAGGGCGACUUCAGCUACAGCGCUGGAAACUGUUCACUGGCCUUGAAUAGUUCUUCCCAUCAUGAUGCGGAGUGGGCGUACGCCCAGUGCCCGGAUGUCGACGAGUGCGGACUCGGUCUGCACGAUUGCCACAAGGAGGCCAAGUGCACGAACACCCAGGGCAGCUACAAUUGCCACUGCCGACGGGGCUACGUUGGCGACGGGAAAUUCAGUUGCGUUCGAACCUGUUACGAGUUGUGCCAAAAUGGAAAUUGCUCGGGUCCACCGGAUUACACCUGUCGCUGUGCUUUGGGCUGGACCGGAGCGGAUUGUGGUCUAAGUUGCGGUUGUAACAAUCACUCGACUUGCCACGAGCGACUGGGGAAAUGUGAUCUGUGCCAGGAUUGGUCGGAGGGCGAGAAGUGCGAGCAAUGUCGUCAGGGGAGCUAUGGAAACGCCACCGCUCCGCAUGGAUGCCUGCCGUGCGAGUGCAACGGCCACGGCCACCAGGAUCUGGGCAUCUGCAAUGUGAGCAACGGAGAGUGCUACUGCAAGGACAACACCCAGGGACUCAACUGUGAGCUGUGUGCCCCCGGUUACUAUGGCGAUCCCAGGGACGGCGGAAAGUGCUACUACCAGUGCGAAUCCCGUGGCAUAUUGACCAACAUUGGCAAGAGUGCAAUUGGCUCGUACCAGUCCUACCGAUCACCCUGGGGCGCCAGUCUGGAGGUGAAGGAGUGCCUGUGGAUACUCCAGCCGAAGACGCUGCAGGCGGAGAAAUCACUGCUUCAGCUAGAGUUCCAGUGGCAGAGUCUGGCCAUGGACUGCGAUGAGAACGCCGUGUACAUAUACGACAGUCUCCCGGAUCUGACCGGCGCCACCCAGCAGAAUCAACUGCUGGCCGUCGUAUGUGCUCCCUACAGUUCGGCCAGGAUUAUCGAAGCCCGCUCCAGUCACGUCACGGUGCACUACAAGCAGGGAAGUGAGAGGCGACACUUUGGAUUCAAUGCCCUCUACUCCGUGAUGAACUGCGUGGCCGGCAGCUGUUUGGCCCCGCACAUCUGCGAUUCCCAGCAGCGAUGCGUUUGUCCAGCCGGUUAUGUUGGUGCUCGCUGCGAGAUUGAGAUCUGUCCGAGCAACUGCAAUGCCAAGCGGAUGCAGGGAUUCUGCGACACGGAGUACGGCCGGUGCAUCUGCAGCAAUGCCAAUUAUGCGGGCGCAGAUUGUGGCACUUUGGUGCAGCGCAACCACCUGGUGAUGACGGAGCUCUUCAAUACGCAACUGCUGAGCGAGAGUCUGGAGCACCUGAGGAAGACCAUUCCGCGAUUCGGACACUCGGUGAAUGCGGAUCGCAGGGGAUCGCUUUGGAUGUUCGGCGGGUAUUCACCCAAUCACGGACCCCUCAACGAUUUCCGGCAGUUCGACACGAAGAACAGCACUUGGCUGCAGGUCACGGUGGAAUCGUCCACGCCAGAGGAUCGCAUGCCUCUGGGACGCUAUUUCCAUGCCUCUGAGAUUUACGUAAAGAAGCAGAUCAUCUAUAUAUACGGAGGAAUCGGUGCAAACUCACAGCUGCUGAAUGACUUUUGGAUGUUCUCCAUACAGAAUCAGCGUUGGAGUCAAAUUAAAGUGGAGGUGGAAUCGAGUGCAGCGGAUGAUCAGGUUGAUGUUCCGCCUCCUUUGGCAGGACACACACUUACCCACCUGCGACACCAGGAUCACGAGUCGCUGAUUCUGCUUGGCGGCUUGACUCUGAACAAGUCCCGACCUCUCGAGCUGUGGGAGUUCAACCUGGACACGGGUCGCUGGCAGCAACUGGCGGCUGUGGGUGCCAGGAUGCCAGUGCUGUAUGGCCACACGGCCGUCUAUCAUCCGGAGACGAAUAGUCUCUACUUGUUCGGAGGAUACUCGACGGAGCCGCAGAACAAUCUGUAUGCGUUGGACUUGCAGAAGUUGAGUUGGACGGAGCUGCCCAGUUUCCGGGAACUGAACUCACCUGCCUCGCUGCUGCCCAGGGCUCGCUACUUCCACUCGGCUGUGAGCACCGAGCACUACAUGAUCAUCUACGGCGGACGGACGCAGCCCUUCAAUGGCACAGAUGUUCUCAUUGCCUACGUGUACGCCUGCAAUCAGUGGGUGCGUCUAACAGAGGAUGUCGAGCUAAUCGGAAGGAUUCCUGCCUCGAGUUAUGCCGAGGACAUGGCCAUCGAUCUGGACACGGGUGUAAUCUUCGUCAUCGGCGGUUGGGAUGGCAGCUCCACGCACAGUCACGUGACCAGGAUAACUCUGCCGGACGACAUCUGCCAGCUGUGGAGCAGCGGGAAGUACCAAUGCCGACACUACAUGGGCUGCAGCUACUGCACGAUCCAGAACACCUACAGCUACAGCAGCCACUGCUUCAGCCACGGACGCACGCCGUGCGCCAACCACAACGGCACCUUGGUGGUCAACAACGGAGCUGCCUGCGAUGACGACUGGAUGGCGAGCAGGAACUGCUCGAGCUUUGCCACCUGCGCCGCCUGCUUGGCCGCUUGGCCAACACACCAGGAAACGACUCCCGUUUGCCAGUGGUGCGAUGAGUGCGGCAUCCAGGGAAGAUGCGUGCCGUCCGGUGUGGAUUGCGGUUGGCGGAGUGCCUGGUGCAACAAGGAACUGAGUGUGGGCGUUCUGGGCUUGUGUCCCGCGCCACAAUGCUAUCAGCUGAACUGUGAGAGCUGCAUGCUCCAGCCGCAGUGCAACUGGGCAAGGAACGAACUGGGCACCGUGGAGUGCAUAUCCAAGGAGCUGGUGGAGAAGAAUCAGUACAGGCUGGUGGAGAGCUGUCCGCCGCCUUGCCACACGCACGAGAACUGCAGCUUGUGUCUGAGUCAGACGGCCAACCAGGAUCGGCAGGACUGCAAGUGGUCGACGAUGUUGAACCUCUGCCUAACGCCCAGUUCCCAGCCGCUGCUCUGCGCCGGCGGCGUUUGUGGCCUGGUGCUGGAGUCCAGCGAGCUAGAACGCUGCCCGGAACCGUGUCACGUGUACACCCAGUGCUCCAGCUGCCUGGAGCACGCCCACUGCGGUUGGUGCGCCCGCGAGGAGCACAACGGCGACGGCAUCUGCACGGAGGGAGCACUGGAGCACAAACAGGAGCAUCCAUCGGGAUCCACAUGCGAUCUGAUCUACGCCAGUUGGCGCAAUGACUCGCACCUGACCCACGCGGAUGUGGUCUCCUGGCACUACGUGCAGUGUCCGGCGGAGAACGAGUGCAUCAACGGGCACCACAACUGCGACGCCGUGUCGGAGCAGUGCAUCGACCUGGACACGGCGGUGGGCUACAAGUGUGUCUGCGCGCAGGGAUACCGCGAGGAGCAGGGCACCUGCAUGCCCGUCUGCAGCCAGGGAUGCGUCCGCGGCAACUGCGUGAGUCCGGAUCAGUGCCACUGUGACUUCGGCUACGUGGGCGCCAACUGCAGCAUCCAGUGCCUGUGCAACGGUCACUCCAACUGCGAGUCGAGCAGCCGGUUGGACAUCUGCCUGAAGUGCCACAACAACACGAUGGGCGAGCAGUGCGAGAAGUGCCAGCCGCUCUUCGUGGGAAAUCCGCGGGAGGGUCACGCCUGCCAGCCGUGCCUGGACUACUGCCACGGCCACAGCGACGUGUGCGUGGCCUACGAUGCCGAUCCGGCCGUCUUCAAUAUGACCCGCUCGGAACUGGAGAGGAUUCUGCCGGAGGGUCCGGCCUACAAUGCCACCUGCCUGAAGUGUGGCAACCACACGGCUGGAGAUCGUUGCGACAGCUGCUUGACCGGCUACUUCCGCGGCAGCGAGGACCUGCACAAGGAGUGCCGACCCUGCCAGUGCCACGGCCAUGGAAACAUUUGCGAUCCCGUCACCGGCGAGAAAUGUAACUGCGCCAACAACACGGAAAGCGAUGCCACCUGCACCGCCGGCGGGGGGAAGAACUCGGCGCAGCUCUGCUGGAUGGUGCAGUGCUCCAAGUGCCGCGACUCCUACGCCGGCAAUCCCACGGAUGGCCACCAGUGCUACAAGCAAAUAACCGUCGAGUCGCGCAUGUGCUUCGAUGCCAAGCCCAUUGAGGAGUGCAAAUCAAAACCUGCUGCUUUGAAGCCCGGACAAACGGUGUUCUUUGUAAUCCAGCCCCGCUUCAUGAACGUGGAUAUCCGCAUUAUAAUCGACGUGACACAAGGCGAACUGGAUGUGUUCAUGUCGCCACAGGACGACUCCUUUAUUGUAGAGACCAACGAGACGACCGGCUUCCACGAGAUCUUCCUCGACAAUCGCUACAAUUGGGGGCCGAAGAUCAAGCGGGAGCAUCCCCUCAAUGUCGCUUCGCCCAGACACGACAAUGCCACGAUCCAGAAACUGUUUUCCCCGGAGCGUCGCAUCGGAGGCGGUGGCCUCGGCGGAGGAGGAGGAGAGCGAAUAGGUGCUAAUAACUUUUAUGUGCCACAGCUGCAGGACUGCAAGAGCCACGGAGGUCACAACUUCAUAGUGAAGGAUCAGCACGCAAAAGAUUUGAGCACCCAUGUGACGCUCAACCACUGCAACACAUUGCUGCGUCUGUUUGGGCUGAAGAAUCGAUUGGUGCUGACCCUUCCGCAACAUGCCCACAAUCUGAGCGCCACCCGCUUCUUUAUUGCGCUGCGGGCGAGCUCCGGACCCGAGCCCAGUUACGGGUCCGUGGUGUUCCGCCAAGAUCAACUGCACAUUGAUCUGUUUGUGUUCUUCUCCGUGUUCUUCUCCUGCUUUUUCCUCUUCCUCGCCGUCUGCGUGAUCGUGUGGAAGGUGAAGCAGGCGGCGGACCUGAGACGAGCUAGAAGACAGCAUGUGGUGGAGAUGUUGCACCUGGCCAAGCGGCCGUUUGCCCAGAUCUUCCUGGCCUCGAACAGCCUGGAUGUGGACAGUCCCCAGCCGACCUCCUCCUCCUCCUCCUCGGCCCGUGCCAUGCGUCAGCGUGCCCGGCAAGCGCUGCUGCUCCAAGAGCAGACUGGCGCCGGUGACUCACAUCCGGUGAUGCAUCACCACAGCCGCCGGCAGAGCUCGCGCAUCAUGAUGGUGGCCAUCGAGCCGACGUACGACAACUUGGCGGCCGUGGGAACGGUGUUCAUCAGCCUGCCAGGUCGCUCGCGAGCUCCUCUGAGCAUUGCUCUGGGCUCCACGCUCAUCUCCUAUUCGCGGCAAUAUCCCCUGAAUGCCCGCCACUUUAUACGCGCCCAAAGGGGUCAGAAUGUGGGGCAUCACCCGGCCUAAGCCGGAAUCUCGGCCAGCAGGAACAAACUAAGUGGUUAGUCAAUGUCUAGAAGCCGGACCUAGUUAAAUAUCUAUGUAUGUAUGCGAGAAGUACAUAAAGACAUUCGUUAGAUAUCGGUGUAUGUGAAUAGUGUAGGUAAUUUUGUACAUAACAUUUAGAUAACUCAAAAAUAACGAAUAUGUGUACAUAAAUAUGCAGACAAAACGAUAUCUUGUGCACGCACAAAUCGUCUAUAUAUAUAAAGUUUAUACUUAUCAGAAGAUAAACAUACAGGAAAUGGAUAAAUAUUAAAAAGUAAGCAUAUUAUAGUGGAAUAUUGGGUCUCGAAUCUAAAGCAGGAUGCAGAAAACCAUUCGCAAAAUUCAAACGCAGAACAAACUUUCGGACUGAUUUUUAUGAAAUUUAAUUUGGCUAAUAUGUAACCUAAAGAUAAUUUAAUCUAGCUAAAAAUCUAAUCAACAGAACAAAAUAACCAAGUGAACAAACAGUAAAGAAACUUCAGAGUACGCAUAAAGCAGAGGGAAUUUAUUAUACAGUAAACUACAUUUAAGGAAGUCAAUUUUUUCGCGAAACAGAUUGUCGCACAAGGACAUUUAGAAGCCAUAUGAAAACAAAGAAUCAAGAUAUACGUAUUAAUAUAGUAAUAAUUAAUACUGAAUGUGUCAUAGCAAUUAGGCGUUAGUAACGCCGAACUUAAAUGAAUGUCAUUUCCCUGUCGCUCAAAUAGGUUCUUUAGAUACGUACGAUAUAUGAUUUUAUUCUCACGUACCUAGCUAUACUUUGAUUGUAUAAAGUAUUAUGAUAUUCCUUUCCGGUUGGUGGCUAGCAUUUGCUCAAUUAGUUCGGUAGCUCUCUACUGCGCACUUAUACGCACCUGUGUACCUACUAUUUUAAGGAUAAGAAUCUAUUUUUAUGUACUCUCCAGUUUUCCACACACACACUCGUUAUGUUUACACACAAAGCUCAGAGACACAAACGUAGCUGGAUGAAAUGGAGUGGAAUGGUUUCCCAUUUCGAGACUAUUCGAGCAUUUUCCGAAUACAGGACAUCACAAACGAACAAAUCCUACAGAAUCUUUCCUAACACACAACACUAAUCUCAGUAACCUAAAGGUUGUAAGAAACUCUCACUAUAUCAAUUUAGUUUACAAUUCCCUCCUCAUAUGUGGUAUUAUUUAUGUACAGUUUGAGUUUUCAAAAUUAGCUAAAUUUUUAGAACUGAUGUAUAUUUACAAAUUAAUGAAAUUGUCCCAUUUUGCAAUAUAUUUAUAAUUCUUAUUAUUAUUAUUAUUAUUAUGAUUUGUA